GUUGCACGUUAAGCAGAAAACUUCCCCCUUAGCUCAAACGAGGAUAGAGUUUCUGCAUCUCGUAAAAGUCAUAUAUUAUUCAGACUGGAUAGGAGUGCUCCUUGAAAGUCACAGAGGUGUUGAGUUGGAGUGGAGGGGUUGCACAAACGCUUCUCAAUCCACUGCUAGGGUUGACGCAGUUAAGAAGAUUGGUGGUCCAUGGGGGAGGUUUUGAAGAGGAGGCCCAUGAUCGCUGGCAGAGAGCGGGGGCCAGGGCCAGGACGCUAUGCUCUGCCUCCCACUAUUGGUUACAUCGGCCAUGACUACACCAAGCCCAGCAGCCCGGCCUACUCGUUCCACAGCCGCAUGAGCAGCAAUAUGGUGUCUGUGGACUCCAGCCCUGGCCCUCAGUAUCACAUUGAUGCGAAGAUGACACGCUUUGGUCGAAGUGCCACGCCUUCCUACUCUAUGCUGGGCAGGAAGAAGAGAUCAGCCGACCUGUUCCAGACUCCAGGCCCAGGAGCCUACAGCCCGGAGAAAGCCCCGCCUGUGAACCUCCAUCGCAGACCUCCGUCCUACUCCAUUGGCUCACGCACACGCUACCGCGCCUCCGACUCCGUGCCCGCCCCCAACUCCUACACCCUGCCCUCUCUCUUGGGCGCCCAGGCUCCCAACACGCCAGCCAGCCCCUGCUACUCUAUAUCGAGUCGCAGGAAAACGGGCGCCCCGUCAGAGGACCUCGCCAUGACGCCGGGCCCCGGGAAGUACAACAGCACAGACCCCAGCAUCUACCUGAAGCGCCAGCCCUCCUUCUCCAUGCAGAGCCGCACGUCCAUCCCUAACGACGCCACCCGCAAGCCCGGUCCGGGCACGCACCACUCGGAGAAGGUGGUGGCGCACCUGCCACGCCCACCCUCCUUCUCCAUGGGCAUCCGGCACUCAGAGUUCGUCACCCCUCUGGUGGUAGAUGUGUUCGAUUGAGAUGACUGGGAAUAGGAAGGUGUUGGCAAAUGAGUCUCAUUUAUUUGUCAAAGGCAACUUCAUAGGGACUUGAUGUCUGUGUGUUUACAAUGUGUACUACAAAGAAAUCUCCCAGAGAACAGUGCCUGUGUGUGCAAUAAGACAAGUUGCGACCCCUUAGUUACAGUUACAGUUUUGAUUCAUUAAACACUUUUUGCAAAACAUCACACACAACUGUCUACCUAACUCUUCUUAAUUACGUUUUUCAAACAACCUAUCAAAAUGUCAUACUUAUUUACCACUUAUUCACACUCUUCAUUGUACAAACACGCAUUACUUUCCUGAACAUCAUCUAAUCAUUGCCUGAAUAUAGACCCUUUCAAUCUGUUCCUACAGCAUCUCCGGGUUGAGAUGUUUGGAACCAAUGCAGAUACUUUGAAAUGAAAAUGAAUCGGACUUUAGCUUAAUGCUCUACAAAAAGUUGACUUGUCUUUUUUAUUUUUGUUUGUUCCCACCUUACCAUUAGCUCAAUG